AUGGUAGUUAACCCCAAGAAAAAUGCAAGUGCAAUGGUGCUGAGAAGCGGGAAGGAGUUGCAGCCCCAACCUACCUCACCAACGAAGGCAGAUAAAGGAGAUAAGGAAGAGGAGAGACAAGAUUCAAAUGAAGGCCCCAUUAAGAUCCCAAAGUAUGCAAAGUUUCUAAAAGAAUUGAGCACUAACAAGAGGAGGCUGCGAAUCGAUGAGAAGGUAAGAGUUGGAGAAAACAUUUCAACUGUCAUCAAGAGGACCUUGCCGGAAAAACGUGCUGAUCCAGGUAUGUUCACUUUACCUUGUGUGAUUGGCAAUAAACGAAUCGAGCGUGCCAUGCUAGAUUUAGGUGCAUCCAUCAACGUCAUGCCAUACUCGAUUUACUGUGCUUUGAGAUUAGGUCCCUUAAAGGAAACUAGGGUUGUCAUUCAACUAGUUGAUCGUUCUAAUGCUUACCCGGAAGGGAUUGUUGAGGAUGUGUUGGAAGUUUUUGGAGAAGAGGACAUGAAUGAAGAACUUGAAUUCAGUGCACAAUUGGACAGGGAGGAGGAGUUUGAGAAUCCUAUAACACUCUGGAACCGAUCCCGCGACAAAAGGUAA